AAGUAAAUAUUCUGUUAUUAAUCAACUCUACCUUCGUUCAUUGCAUCUCUUCAUAUUUGAUUGUUAUCUCAUUGAUCCAGUGGCUCAUUCUCAGAAUUACAUGGGAUUUUAACCGCUCAGUGGGAAUUAUGUAUGUGUAUUGUUAUCGUCGGUGACUUUGCUCUGAUAAAUGGCUCUCGUUAGUCCUAUUUGAGAGGUAUCGUCCCACUUUCUUGUGACAUCCGCUGACAAGAUUCGAUUGGAAUCUUCCAAGCAACUUGCAAGGUUUCAUCUUGACCGGAAAUACAACCGCAAAUCGCACAAACAUGGAUGAAAUUGAUAACAUCAUACUUCACUCGCUGCGGCAAAUUGGAUGCAAUCUGGACGAAGAUGUUAGAAAUUUGGACGAAUUCGGCCCAACACUUUUGGUACAAAUUGUGUCCAAAUGUAUUGCGCUAAUUGAUCCCAGCUUGAACCUGCCGAAGACGUUGCCACCAGGCAUGGCUCAGCGAUUCACCGUUACUGCGAGUUUAGCAGAAGCUUGUCGAACCAUCGGCUACAGGCGAGAUAUAGGCUAUCAAACUUUCCUCUACUCCAAUGUGGCCGAGAUGCGCCGACUACUGAUGUUCUUGAUUGAACGGCUCCCUAAGGAAGCGGUGAACAAAUCGGGGGCCCCCGGCGAACCACUGAAUGAAACAACCGAACUGGAGAAUCGUAUAGUUGCUAAUCUGCAAUCAGAGCUUCAGGCACCGUGGAUGCCGGAAUUCUGUCGCAUGCGAGCGUUGAGCGGAUUGAAUAGCACGGAACACGAUACCGCUAGUAGUUCAAAUACAAUGGAUGCAAAAAUUGCUUUUCGGCGGUUUGUGCCUAAGAAACUUAGCAUUCCAUUUGUCACGCAUAAAGAUGUCGCUGCAGAAAUUAGGGAUUUUUGGUCUCAUCAAAGCUUGGAUGAGGACAGUUUCGUUCCCUCGAUUAUCGCUGCCAACGAUGGAGCUAUCAAGUCGAACAACCCCGAGUCUGUGGACGAGAUCGAUUGUCAAUUGAGACUCUCAUCAUCCGUGGAUAAACUGCAAAGUUUCUACUCAACCAAGGGCACAAAUCAUCCUGACUCGCCUUCGGAGCACCCCGUUGAAUCUUCGAAAACGAUAGAACGAACAAGCGUGACCGAUUUGAUAGCCGAUCUGAAGCCAGGUAAGACGCCUCUAGAAACGCUACAGGGCGAAACGGACCAAAUCCGAGCAGAUAUCGAGCGAAAUGCCCACGAGUUUAAUGCGCUAAAAAGCGAGCGAGCGAGCGUGAGCGAAAUCAUGGAAACCUGCCGGAAAGCGGUUGGCAAACUGAAGGAGCAGAAAAAGAUGAAAGAACGAACACACAUUCUGCUGGAGAACACCGAGGUGAAUGUUAAGAAGUUGGAGGGCAUCAUCGCAGCCGCGGGGGAUCGAAUGAGAAAGCUGCAGGAUCAAUGGGAAACACACCGAAAUCCGCUUGUCGAAACGCUCGAGAGCUAUAAUUCGGAUAAAUUGUCGAAAUCCCAGCUAACGCUGAACCAAAUCGAGUCGACUCGGCAAAAGUGCGAGCAGUUAAUCAAUGACCUGCAAACCAAGAGCGCCAUGCAUGCCCGGCUCCAGAAAGAGUUUGAAAAAUUGAAUAAAACCAUCAGUCGAACGGCGUACACGAGCCGGAUCCUGGAGAUCAUUGGGAACAUACGAAAGCAGAAAAACGGCAUCGACAAAAUUCUGCAGGACACACGCACGCUGCAGAAAGAGAUCAACACCAUAACCGGCCAGCUGGAUCGCCAGUUCACUGUUACGGAUGAUCUCAUCUUCCGAAACGCCAAGAAGGAUGAACACUCGAAGCGAGCGUACAAACUGUUGGUUACGCUACAUUCGGAUUGUACCGAGCUGAUUGGACUGGUGCAGGAAACGGGUUCAAUCAAACGGGAGAUACGAGACUUAGAGGAUCAAAUAGAAAAUGAGAAAACGAGAAACACGGCGGCAAAUCUGACACAGAUCACCAAUGAUGUGAGUGAGAUGCAAAAUGAGAGCCAUCGUCUAGAAGAAAGCAUACGCAGAAUGGAGCAAGCCCGGCAACAGUAGUUGUAUCUAAACGAAUGAAUACCCUUCUAGAAUGCAUCCCUAGUAGAAAAAUUGAAAGAAACUAUCCAGUUGGCAUAAGUUUUUUAACCAUCUAUUGCGUAGGAAGAAAAACAAAUUAUACGAAAUGUGAUUAGGACUAUGAUUCCAAAAUUGGUAAGAAGCGUAAAGAGCCAUCCAAACAAAACGUAUGGUACGAUACUCAUGAUUAUUAAAGUGCCCAUUAAAAGCUUUAUUUAUGCU